GACUGCUAGUGGCAGCGUGUGGCUCCGCCCUGCUCACAGCGUCAGCUGGCCUUGGACCUACAGAUUUACCAUCUGAUUGAAGGCAACAGAAACUGAGUCGGAAAGACCCGGCACUACGCAGAGGAGAAGCGACGCUGGAGGUCUCCAGGUCAGAAUAGGCACUGUGUGCGCUCUCCAAUCGGGCGGAGCAUUUGGACUCAGCAGCGUUCGCCCACCCCAAAUUCAGCUGCCCCGCUCUGCUCUACGCAUUUUCCCACUUCAUUUCUUCUUGCUGUUUCACGGCGCUUCUUCUCCCUUCCCCACUUCCACUGUAGAGAAUAUCUUAGCUCAGCGCUCCAGCUCACUGAGCUGAGCUUGCCCAGCUCUCCACCGAGGGCCUUAUCUCCCCAUCUCACUUCCGGGGAGCUCCCUGACUUAAUAGCUUAAGGACCUCACGGUCCAUCAAAGGCAUGAGUCUGGAGGCCCCUACCAUAGAUUCGCCCCAAAGGGGAUUUACGGACCCUGGCACCAUGAACUAUGGGGACGAGCUGACCCCUGAAGCUCUGAGUGUGCCUAGCGGCUUUGAUGACCUGAUCACCACCACCGCCUCUCAGGUGCUGCAAGCCAUGUGCAGUGCCGCAUCUGCGAUUGGUCGAGCUGGCCGAGAUAGCGUGCUCUCCAUGAUGGAUAAGCUGCCAGACCACGUGUCAAACAUGGGUGACCUGGACGACCUGUCGGGUCCUCUAACUUCAGAAAUAGUGUCCCAGGACGAGCAGGUACAGUUCUGGCUAGUGAUAGGAUACACCAUAGUGGUCUUUGCUGCUAUCCUAGGCAACUGGGUCUUAAACCGUGUAAUUAUGAAAUACAAGAGGGUGCACACAGCCAGCGGCCUCUUCGUUGUCAACAUUUCUGUGACCAACAUGAUGCUCGCUCUUCUCAGUUCCCCUUUCACUCUGGUGCGCUAUCUUUGUAAUUCCUUGGUGUUUGGGAAGAUGACAUGCCACCUCAGUUGCUUUGCACAGUACUCUUGUGCCUAUGUAACUGUGAUGACUAUGGUUGCUAUUUCCUUGGACCGACGUCGGGUGAUGCUAUAUCCCCUGAAGUCCCAUAUUACUCUGAUGCAAGGCAAUGUUUGCAUCAUUAUCAUAUGGAUCGUGAGCACCUGUGCUGCUUUGCCACAUGCCAUUUAUCAGAAGCUUUACCAAGUGAAGAUUGGAAACAUUACUAAAGAAAUGGCCUGCCUCCCAAGUUACCCAUAUACUUCAAAAUCCACAUGGAAAUACCUUGACCUGAGCACCUUUUUGCUCUUCUUCAUCUUGCCAUUGAUGGUACUGGUGGUUGUCUAUGGUCAUGUGGCCAAGAAGCUGUGGUUCCAUAAUGCUGUUGAUGACAUCAACAUCCACACUUACAUCUGCCAACGUGGGAAAAAGAAGCAGACGCUGAAGAUGCUGAUGACAGUGGUGUUUGUCUACACAGUCAGCUGGCUCCCCCUCAACCUCUACCUACUGUUGCUAUCCAGUGAGUCCAUAUCAAGCCAUAAUGGCCUCUACUUUUUCUUCCACUGGCUGGCAAUUAGCAGCUCCUGCUACAACCCCUACAUUUACUGCUGGCUCAGCGAUAGCUUCCGAAUUGAAGUUCAGAAGGUCAUCAUGGAAGUCCAAAAGAUGCUGCUAGAUGGAAUCAGCCGCCUGAGAGGGGAGCACCACCAACUAAUCUCUGUCUCACCGACCUACCGUCCUGCCUGGGUGGAUCUUAACCCUGGUGUACCUAAAUUCCCCAGAUUCAAAGAUUUUGAUGAGCUACCUAGUCCUCCUCCCUCCCCAGCAGUAGAAAUCUCUUUUCUUUACCCUUCAGUGCCUAGAGUUUAAGCUGCCCAGACCGUGAUCAUUAUCUAUCCUCAAAAUACCUGACAUAGGAUGGGGCUAAAAUAACUAGAAUUCAUUAAUUUCUCAUGGGGCAGGGGCUGGUACUUGAGUGGUAGGAGCCCUGUGAACAACCAUGUCUCACUUGCUGUUUCAUUUUUUCCCUGUCUUCUUUCAUAUUCCCCUUUCCUACUGUUUCUUGCAACACCAGUACACUGAGGAUAUUAGAUGUUCAGGUGGAUCAGAGGUGUUUCUCUACUGCUGAAAGGAAAAUUUCACUCUGACUUGAGGCUUCCUAAACUGCAUCUAUUUCUGUUCACCAAUGCCCCUUUCCAUUCUUGUGUACCACCAUGCCAUAGUUCUUGUUCUCUGAUUACUGACAUUUCUAGCAAAAUGCUAGGAGAGAGAGUGUAGUUUUUGAAAUUCUUUCAGAAGCUAUGGGAAUACAAAGCACCUUGUAAGUGGAAGUUGUUUCAAGUAUAUUCUAUAAUGAAGUGAGAAUGAGAAAUCUUACAGAUGUAGAGGAAAACACAAGGCAGCUAAAUGGUUUAACCCAGAUCACUGGGGUUAUUUUCCCAGGUUGUUGUGCAAUAAUUUGAUGACUGCUUCUUUCCAAAUUAGCACUACAAAAAAACUUCUGUUUCUGACUCCUUGUUUCAUAUAAAUAUAUGCUAUUUAAUUUUUCCAUUUUGUUGAGAAAAGAGAAAAUACAAUGUGUUCAUUGUUUUUUAAAUUAUUCUUAUAUUUUUAGCCUAUAAGUUUUUCAACUGAGCAAGAGAGAUGAGAAGGAAGUAAUAUCAUGUCCUUCUCUUGCCACUACUUUUAUUCAGGGGCAAUAUUAUUAAGGUUGUGGUGUGACAGGAUGAUUCCAUGAUGAGAAUGGAAUUUCUUGUCCUUCUCAUUUUUCUCUCCUGCUCUUUUUCAUGACAUUCCUCACUACCCUUGACAGUUGUUCUUUAUCUCCUACUGCCCCCUCUCUUUCCUUCUUCCCCUCCUUUGUGUUUCCCCUCUCAGUCUCCUGUUCUCUUCUUCUGAUCUCCCUCUCCUUAUGCUCUCUCCUUCCUCUCCCUCUAAAUACCUCAUCACCUGCCUUCCCAUCUUCCAUCUUCUACUCUCCUUUGCUCUUCUCAUAUCUUAUUUUCUGUUUUCCUUCCCACUUACACUCACUCUCUUCUAUCUUCAUUCCUCUUCCUUUUCCCUAUCUCUCCUCCUAGCUUCUCUCCAAUUUGCUUCUCCUUGUCUCUUCUUCUUCCUCUUCCUUCUCCCUCUUUCUCAUUCUGCCUGUUUCUUUUUAAGUUUCAUACUCUCUGUGUCUAUUGAGUAGGAGUGUCACCACAAAGUGAUCCCCAAUAAUAUAGCCCAAUUCCCUUUGGAGGAAUUAUACCCAGAUCAGAUCUGUUUCUUUUCCAGCCAUUCAUGUUUUCUCAAACUCUUCCUAUUCUAUGAUAUUUUAGCUAUUGUUUAUUUCUCUUCCUGCCCCAUUCUCCAUAACAACACCCUAAAGAAAAAAAUAAUUUCUAGAAACUGUAAAAGAAUUAAAAAAAAUAACAACAGACUUCUAUUAUUACCAGAUAAUCCUGGAGAUUGUUAAUAGUCCCAGGUCUGGCUGAGUGGCUUUAGACUUUUGCUUCUGCAUUUGCUGUAAACUUUGCAGUUACUUUGCCACAUUAUUGACUUUAACAAUUUUGAAAUAGAGUUGUCAUUGGCUUAGA